AAUCCUUUUUCUGAAAUUAAAUUCCUUGUCUAAUAAUGAUGCUGCAUGGCAUAUAUAUAUAUAUAUAUACACUUUUGCAGGUGACAACAAUGGUGCUGAAUGUAGUGGAUCUACAGUGCUCAAAAUGCUACAAAAAGAUCAAAAAACUUCUCUGCAAAUUUCCUGAAAUACGAGAUCAGAAGUAUGAUGAGAAGGCAAACAAGGUGACAAUUAAGGUGACAACAAUGGUGCUGAAUGUAGUGGACCUACAGUGCUCAAAAUGCUACAAAAAGAUCAAAAAACUUCUCUGCAAAUUUCCUGGUGAUGACUCCCUUUCUUCAAUUAAUAUUGUUCUCUCCUAAUAAAUUAAUACAUAAUUUGUUAAAUAUAAUUUUUGUACAUACGAUAUACGUAUAUCAAUUUAUGAAUUGAUUAGCCAAAUGGACUGAGUCGUUGUGUUGUGAACAAAAUUAAUUAAAGAAAUACGAGAUCAGGAGUAUGAUGAGAAGGCAAACAAGGUGACAAUUAAGGUGAAAUGGAAGUCGGUGCUUGGGCUUCUUUUUCGGGAGCUGCAGGGGUGAGGAAGAAGAAGAAACUCGCGUGGCUGAGGAAGAAAGAAGGAACAGGAAAUCAGCUUGAUCCUUAUCCUAAUGUGGUGAGCUGCUCGCCGGAGAAGAUCAGGGACAAGUUAUGCUGCAAGGCUUGUGGAUGCAUCAAGAGCAUUGAGAUCAUAGAGCCACCUAAGGAUCCGCCUCCGCCUCCUCCUCCGGAAAAGCAUGUGAAAUCCAAUGCCUUCUGUGUUAUGGGAGACCCGUUUGCGAUAGCUGGUGCGGGUAUGGAAGCGGUUGUGGAGGAACUCAACGAGAUUGCCCAAUCAUGUAAAUAUUAAUAACAAGAAUCUGUUUGGAAUCCAGCCAAGUUAAAUUCAAUAAUAAGUACCUAUUUAU